AUGUUAAGAAUAUCUCUUUAUUUGAGAAAUGGUUCAAAAAUAAUAAAUAAUCAAAUAAAAUCAUCAUUACCACAUGGCGAUGAUUUUAAUAAUUUUAGAUCAUUAACAACAACAACAACAACAAAAAAAGUUUUUAAUAACAAUAAUAAUAAUAGUAGUGAUAAUAAUAAUAAUAAUAAUAAUAAUAAUAAUAAUAUUAAUAAUAAUAAUAAUAAUAAUAAUAAUAAUAAUAAUAAUAAUAAUAAUAAUAAUAAAGAGUUUUUUCAAUCAAAUUCAACUAUAAAUGCAAAAACAUUUAAAGUAAAAUCAGAAAUUAUUAAAGAGAAAUUAAUAGAGAAUUUUAAUGAAAUUAAUGAAAUACUUGAAAUUGAAAAAGAACCAAUAGAAAUUAAAUCAUUCAAUGGUUUUAAUAUAAUAAAGAUUGAUCCAAAUUCAAAAAAGAAAUUAAAAAAUAAACAAGAUUCAAAAAUAUUAAAAUUAGUAAUUGAUAGUAUUGAACAUAAAGUAUUGAUUGAAGGUGAUGAUUUAACUAUUAAACAUUUAACUACACCUUCAAUUUUACUUAAAUUUGGGUUAAUUGAUAAAUUACCAAUAUCAACAUCAACCAUUUCAACAUCAACAAUUCCAAAAAAUUCAAAAAAAAUUGAAAAUUAUUUAGCAUUUGAUAUAGAAUUAAAUAGAUUACCAAAUUCAUUAUUAAUUAAUAAUUUUAAUUUUAAUAAUAAAAUAAUUUUAAAACCACAUUCAUAUGCAAUGGAUACAAAUUCAAUUUCAAUUCAACAAAUUUUAAAGCAAAUAUGUGAUGAAAAUUCAAUUGGAACAAAGUUAAAUGAGAUUGAUUUUAAAAAUUGUUUAGAAGAAUUUGAGAAUGAAUUAGCUAUUGCAUCACCAAAAACUUUAAUAUCAUUAAAGAUUGAAGAAAUAUAUCAAAAAAAGAUUUUAGGUCUUUUACGUAGUACUUUUAAAGAAAAAGAACAAGAAAUAAAAAGAAAUAAAAAUAAAAAUAAAAUUGAAAAUGAAGAAAAUGAAAAAGUAAAAGUAAGUGAUCAAGAAAAGGAAGAAAAAGAAAAUGAUGAAGAAAAUGAUGAAUAUGAAGAAGAUGAGGAUGAGGAUGAUGAAGAAGAUGAAGAAGAUGAAAAAAAUUUAAAAAUUUUAUCAGAUUUAAGAGAACCACAUAAAUGGUAUACUGAAGCUAGAAAAUUUAAAAGAAAUAUUAUAUUACAUGUUGGACCAACAAAUUCUGGUAAAACUUAUAAUGCAUUAAAGAGAUUAAUGGAAUCAGAGAGUGGAGUUUAUUGUGGACCAUUACGUUUAUUAGCACAUGAAGUUUAUGAUAAAAUGAAUGAGAAUGGACUUGACACAUCUUUAAUGACUGGUCAACUACGUAUAAAUAAUCCAAAUUCAACACAUUCAUCAUGUACCAUUGAGAUGGUAUCCACUGAUAAAAUGGUAGAGGUUGCUGUAAUCGAUGAAUUUCAAUUAAUGUCUGACACAAUUCGUGGUCAGUCUUGGACAAGGGCAAUAUUGGGUAUACCGGCGGUUGAAUUGCAUUUAUGUGGUGAUAAUACUGCAAUUGAGUUGGUGAAGAAGAUAUGUGAGAUCACUGGUGACACAUUAACAAUUAAUAACUAUGAAAGACUAUCGACAUUGGUGAUUGAUGAAGAGCCAAUCGCAUCGAUGGGUGAUAUUAAAAAAGGUGACUGUUUAAUAUGUUUCAAAAAGAAGGAUAUCAUAUUCUACAAGAACUAUCUUGAGAAGCAAGGACUCAAAUGCGCAGUUGUCUACGGUUCACUACCACCCACAACGCGUGUUCAACAAGCUAAGCUUUUCAAUACAGAUGAGAGUGUCGAUGUGCUAAUAGCCACCGAUGCCAUUGGCAUGGGUUUGAAUUUGAAUAUCGGUCGUGUGAUUUUCUUAACUUUAAAGAAAUACGACGGGGAGGUCGAUAGGGAGCUAUACGCCUCUGAGGUGAAGCAAAUCGCAGGUAGGGCCGGUAGAUUCGGCACAAAGUACCCCGUUGGCUCCGUAACCACUUUCACCAGAAAGGACUUGGCAAAGAUUCGUAAGGAUUGGCAAUCACCAAAUAUCAUCUCUGACAGGGCUGGUAUUUCCCCAUUAUCUCAACAAAUUGAGAAAUUCUCAUUAUUACCACAAUGUAAAAAUUUAAAAUUCUCUGAAGUUCUCACUGAAUUCAUGGAAAAUACAAAUAUAGAUAAACAUUAUUUUCUUGGAAAUUUCCAAGAAUUCAUUACAAUUGCUCAAAUCACAGAUUUCACAACAAUGUCAGUUAAAGAUAAAUUCCUUUUCUCUCAAUGUCCACUUAGUAAUUCAAAGAAUGAAAUUCCAACAUCUCAUUACAUAAAAUAUGCACUUGGUUAUAGUAAAGAUAGAAAAGUAAAUCUAGGUUUUGAUAUAGAUAAAAUUAAUAACGCCGAAAAGAGAUUCAAUGAAUCUCCAGAUGACACUAAAAAGUUUUCUGAAUAUUUAUCGACCUUGGAAUCUUAUUAUAGUGUUACCGAUAUUUAUCUUUGGUUAUCAAAUUAUUUCCCAACUCAUUUCAUUCAAGUUAAAAAUGCAAUCGAACUCUCUGAAUUAAUUUCACAAAGAAUUUCUUUAGUUUUAGAACAACAAAUUCAAAAGAAUAAAAAAAAUUAUAAAAUAUAUGGAAACCAAAAAUCAAAAAAAAAAUCAUCACCAUCACCACACAAACUUUAA